UUGAGAGAACAUUAACAAGAACAGCAUCAGUAUGAAGGCAGAGACUCACAACCUCCCCUGUAUUCCACUAGUUAUCUUUGUCCUACUAUUAUCUCUGUUCAUCAUCAAUGGCGUCUCAUCCGCAAGAAAACCUCCAGAUCUGUGUAACAGAGUCUGCGGAGGCAUGUCAAUUCCUUUCCCGUUUGGUAUGGGUGGGAAAGAUUGCUAUCUAAACCCGUGGUACGAGGUUGCCUGUAAAAACUCUGUUCCGUUUCUCUCAAGGAUCAACAGAGAAUUAGUAAACAUCUCUCUUCCGGAUGCUGAGGAGUACUACUCUAACGGAGUUGUGCAUAUCAAAGGUCCCGUAGUUUCGUCCGGCUGUUCUACCGAGACAUCUCAGCCGCUUACAUCGCCGCCUUUAAACGUUGCCGGUCAAGGCAGCCCCUAUUUUUUCACUGACAAGAACCUCCUCAUGGCUGUUGGUUGCAACGUCAAGGCCGUUAUGACGGAUGUCAAAUCGCAGAUCAUUGGUUGCGAGUCAAGCUGUGACAAGAGAAACAGUAGCAGCCAAAAAACCAGAAACGAAAUAUGCACUGGUUAUAAAUGUUGUCAAACGAGGAUACCAGAAGGGGAGCUGCAAGUAAUUGGAGUCAAUAUAGAGAUACCUGAAGAGAGAAACACAACACAAGGAGGAUGCAAAGUUGCUUUUUUGACGAGCAAGAAGUAUUCGAGUUUGAAUAUUACAGAGCCAGAAAAGUUUCAUGGUGACGGGUACGCGGUGGUGGAGCUUGGAUGGUACUUUGAUACUUCGGAUCCCCGUGUUUUAAGCCCCAUAGGUUGUAAAAAUGUAUCAGAUACAUCACAAGAUGGCGGGUACGGUGUCGAGACGAUUUGCAUUUGCUCCUACGGCUACUUCUCUGGAUUCAGCUAUAGAAAUUGCUAUUGUAACUCGAUGGGUUACACAGGGAAUCCAUUCCUUCCAAGUGGAUGCGUAGACAUCGAUGAAUGUAAACUAGAAGAAGGACGCAAAAGGUGUAAAGACCAAACUUGUGUGAAUAAGCCCGGUUGGUUUACGUGUGAGCCAAAGAAACCAGGGCAGCUCAAGCCUGUGAUUCAAGGUGUUCUUAUAGGUUCAGCACUCUUGAUUUUCGCCUUUGGAAUUUUCGGGUUGUACAGGUUCAUUAAGCAGCGGAGGAGGAUAACUCGAAAGAGAGAGUUCUUCAGACGUAACGGAGGUAUGUUGCUAAAACAACAGUUAGCUAGAAAAGAAGGCAAUGUAGAGAUGUCAAAGAUAUUUAGCUCGAAUGAGUUGGAGAAAGCUACUGAUAACUUUAACAAGAAUAGGGUUCUUGGGCAAGGAGGUCAAGGUACUGUUUACAAAGGUAUGCUCGUUGAUGGUAGAAUCGUCGCAGUGAAAAGGUCGAAAGCCAUGGAUGAAGACAAGGUAGAAGAGUUCAUCAAUGAAGUUGUUGUUCUCGCUCAGAUCAACCACAGAAACAUUGUUAAACUCUUGGGAUGUUGUCUUGAGACGGAAGUCCCAGUCCUGGUUUAUGAGUACGUUACGAACGGAGACUUAUGCAAGCGUCUUCGAGAUGAAUCUGAUGAUUAUUCAAUGACCUGGGAAGUGCGCCUUCACAUUGCAAUAGAGAUAGCAGGAGCACUUUCGUACCUACACUCAGCUGCAUCUUUUCCUAUAUACCAUAGAGAUAUCAAGACUACCAAUAUACUACUGGAUGAGAAAUAUCAGGCUAAAGUGUCGGAUUUUGGAACUUCAAGAUCAGUAACCUUAGAUCAAACUCACUUGACAACUCAAGUUGCAGGUACUUUUGGGUACGUGGAUCCAGAGUACUUUCAGUCAAGCAAGUUUACGGAUAAAAGUGAUGUGUACAGUUUUGGAGUUGUCCUCGUGGAGCUCAUUACCGGAAAGAAACCGUCCUCACGUGUCCAGUCUGAAGAAAACAGGGGAUUUGCAGCUAAUUUCGUUGCAGCCGUGAAAGAGAACAGAGUUCUUGAUAUAGUUGAUGAUCGGAUCAAAGAUGAAUUCAACCUCGACCAAGUGAUGGCAGUGGCAAAACUGGCUAAAAGAUGUUUAAACCGAAAAGGGAAGAAAAGGCCAAACAUGAGAGAAGUUUCGAUUGAGCUGGAAAGGAUUCGUUCAUCACAUUAUGAUUCAGAGAUUCAUAUUGAGGACGAUGACGAGGAGGAGGACCAAGUCAUGGAACUCAACUUUGACGAGACUUGGGAUGUUGGUAUUACUGCUCCAGCCUCUAUGUUUAAUAAUGGAUCCCCCACGUCUGAUGUUGAGCCUCUAGUUCCUCUACGAACAUGGUGAUGGUCAACUCGGAACAAUGCAUAUGAACAUCCUCAUUUGCUGAAAAAUGUUAUAUGAUUCAGCUAGCUUUUCACCACACACAAUUUGCAUCAUGAAACCGAAAAAUAAAGAAUGUUGUAGUCUAUGCAUGAGUUACAUUCUGAUUGCGUUAGUUGAUAAUAUUAAUAAAGGAAGGUAUUAAUUCGAUGUUAAAUAAAACGAAGAAGAAUGUACCUUGGGCAUGUACUCAGAAUUCUCACUGAUUGAUACCUUGGAACCUUCUUUCUUACGCUAUCAACUGAUCAGUUGGCCAGA